CCCCCCGGGGUCCGGCCCCGUAGAGGUCGCUCCCCCUUUAGCUGUCUGCUGAACUCUUAGUCCGGCCGAAUCCCGACUUCAAUCACAACAGUGUGUCGUGUGUUCUGGAAGUUUGGGGGGAGUUGAAAUUGCUCAGGGAAUUUAUCUUGAAUCCUGGAAAGGUGACUUGAUGUAGGCUUUUGGACAUACGCCAUUGCUUAGCACUAACCUAAAAAAAAAAGUGCUAAGCAAUGGCGUAUGUCCAAAAGCCUACGUCAAGUCAUGCACUCACAUUUCACAAAUCUUUCAAAGAUAAUAUCCUGGAAAGGUGUUUGAAAUUCCCCAGUGAUAGUAAUUUGAAGGUAAAAAGUGAUGUAGCUGUAUGAUUUAUUUUAUUGUUUUUUUUUCUCCCCCGGAAAAUUUGAAAAAUUUAUUCUUUCAAACAUUUUUUUAACCCAACCCGUAAUAUAUGCUUUAUUGAUAAAUUAUAGGGAUGGGAAAGUCGAUCCGUCGAUUCUUCGAUACCCCGAUUUUUUGAUACAUAAUCGAUAAUCGAGGAUCGGCAAAAAUCACCGAUUAUUAAAAUUCUGCAGGAUGUAGACGUAAAGUGCUGCCUAGCAGCGGUUCAUCGCUGUCGUUGCAGUAAUUUUAGUCAGUUUUACAACUAAAUAAAUAACCAUAAACGAUAUAAUAAAUAAUAAAUGAAAUAUAACAUAGCUUACCACAGCUCAGUUGCCACAAUCCCGUAAGCGGGAACGGAGGUUGGCGAUUUCGUACUGUGCAUUUAGGGUUAUUUAUUUAUUAACGCAGUGUUAUCGUAUAAAGAAAUUGUAGCCCAACUUUUACUUGCUGAAUACACCCACAUUGGUAGCCAUGUGCACAAAAUUUCAAGAUUCUACUGAGAAGUGUGCCACGUUUUCUACGUUUCUAGUAUAUUUAUUCACUUGCGUUGUUGCAUAUUUAUUUUCGUCAAUGAGUUUUUUUGUUAACCAGCAUUUGUCUAUACAUGAACUUUCACAGGUUUGCCAACUUCCGGUACAGAUCUUAUUCUCAAUUACUUAACGAUAAAAUGCAAGAAUAAUGUGGCCAUAGCCCGUAACAUUUUACGAGUUACGUAUUUUCCGUAAUUUAUUUAAUAACAGUAAACAUUAAAUCACCAGUUAAUUACGCAACUUAAACAUAAAAUUUCAAUGGACGUUUUUGAAACACGUUUUCAUUCCAGUAAGUUACCAGUACGGCAACUGUAGAAAUUUUCUUACAUGCUUUUGUUUCCAGUGAUGCUUCUUUGUUUGAAUGUUGGGUAAUGUUAGCGCAAUACGAAUAGUAAAAUAACAUUUUUAUUUACGUGAUGUCUAGUGAAGUGUGGAAAUACUUUGUCAUCGACCGACAAAAUUCUGGCUACGCAAUAUGUCAAAUCUGUAAAUGUACAAUCUCACGUGGCGGUAAAUCUAAAACUACAACAAACAUGAAAAAACAUCUCGAAAACAAGCAUGGGAGUUAUGUUCAUGAGACGAAGAAACAAAGGCUACAUUCAUCGGAAUUGAGCGAGAUUGAAGAAAAUGAAAUAGAUGAUAGUUCAGCACAAAAUUGUUCUUCAGAGACAACCUUGCCAUUGUCAUCAAAUUCAGAUGUUAGGCCUACUGCUACUGAUUCAUCGAGAGGCAGCGGUUCAGUGUCCCCGAGGCAUGCUGAGAAAGUUGGCCAAACGAAUAUUUCAUCAAGAACACCAAACCAGUAUAGGCUAACUCCUAAAAGUCAAUACCAGCCUACAUUACAAUCAUUUAUUGAUAAAACUGCACAAUUCAAGUCCACUGAUCCUCGUGCAAAAUCAAUAACUCAGCACAUAGGUAGAAUGAUGUGCUUAGACAAUCGUCCUUUUAGCAUGGUUUAAGACAGAGGAUUCACAGAAUUUGUCAAAUUCCUUGAGCCUAGGUAUGUUUUGCCCAGCAGAAAACAUUUUUCAAAUACUGUUGUACCACACAUGUACCAAGAAUGUAGGGAAAAUGUGAACAAAAAGUUGGACGAAGCUGAACAUGUGAGUCUUACAACAGAUAUGUGGACUUCAACAGCCAAUGACGAUUAUCUUGGUCUAACUGUGCAUUUUGUUGAUUCCAAUUUUGUCUUGCAACACCUCAACAUUGGGGUUAUUCCCUUUCCUGAAUUAUCUCACACAGGGAACAAUUUGUGCAAUUUUAUCACAGAAACACUUGAAGAAUGGAAGCUGCAAUCUAAAGUUGUUGCCAUUGUAAGAGACAAUGCCAGGAACAUAACUGCUGGCCUAGAAUCAUCCGAAUAUGAACAUCUGCCAUGCCUAGCACAUACCCUGCAGCUUGUUGUAAAGGAAGGGCUACUGAACAACAAGAAUGUAAAUAAUCUGAUUGCCAACGGUCGUCGCAUAGUUGGCCAUUUCAAACAUUCUUGUAAGGCGACAAAAGAGUUAAAGAAGGCUCAAGCCACGCUGAAAAUGAAAAAACAUAAACUUAUCCAGGAUGAACCAACGCGUUGGAAUUCAUCUCUCCAUAUGCUACAGCGCUUACUUGAGCAAAAACAGUCUGUUUCUUUAGCAUCAGCAACUCUGCAGUUACCUGUGACUUUUUCAUCAGCAGAAUGGAACCUGAUGACAAAUGUAGUAAACCUUUUAAGUAUUUUCAACCAUGCAACAUUGGCUGUAAGUACUCAGUGUGUGACAGCCUCAGAAGUCAUACCUAUAAUCAACAGUUCUACUGAAGAGCUAAGGAAACCAGCACCUACUGGAUCAGGUGUACAGGGCAUCAAAAAUGAUAUGCUUGCUGCCAUAACUUUGAAGUAUUCUGAUGUUGAAGAGAAUAUGUUGUACGCAGUUGCAACAUUACUGGACCCACGAUUUAAACACCAUGUUUUUGUGCAGGACGGUAAUGUCACAAAAGCGAAAGUUUUUUUGAUUGAAGAAGCAAGAAAAACUAUCUGUUUGAAACAACCUGAAACUGAGUCUGUGCCGCAAACAUCCAGCCAAGCAAUGGAAAGCCAUGGUAUGUGGACAUUUUACUCAAACAUAAUGAAGACUGCCCCAAGUGUAAGCCACAUCGCAUCAGUUGAAGAUGAGAUUAAUGUUUACUUGGAAGAACCUAUUCAAAAUUCAAGUACCAACGUUUUCCAGUAUUGGAAAGAAAAUACCAAGUACCCAUGUUUAAAAAAACUGUCAAAGAAAUUUCUUUGCAUUCCACCUUCAACUGUACAUUCCGAGCGAUUAUUCAGCACUGCAGGACUGAUUGUUGAUCAGAAACGGAACCGUUUAGAUCCUGAACGAGUCAAAAUGUUGGUUUUUUUAAAUAAGAAUUUGUGAUCUAAUAAGAAUUUAGGAUCUAAUAAGACUUUGUGAUCUAAUAAGAUGCUUUGCCAGUUUUCAUUUAUUAUUUUAAGAACUUUCAAUUUUAUUUUGUCAAAAGUGUUGUUUUUAUGAUAUUUCACUAUGUUGUCAUUUAUUUCAAAGGUAUAAAGAUUGAAUUUGGUAGUUUCUGGUUUUUUACAAUAUUUUUAAUAAUCACAACUUUUUGUGGCUAUUUAAAGUUUGAUUGAUAAAUGUUAAUGAUUGUACAUUUAGUAAUUAAUAUACUAUUUAUUAAAUUGUAUUCCAAUGAAAUUGUUAGUAUUUUGAUGACUUUACGACAAUUCACUUUUUAUUAGUACUACUGACCUAUUACUAAAUUACGUAUUCUCUUUUCAAAAUUACAUAUUCAACUGGAUUAAACAUAAUCCACAUAAAAAAUAAUGCUUGCCCUACACAUUACACAUUACAGAAUAGUAAUUUCAAUUUCUUUAUUUCAAGUAAUGUAAAGUUUUGUUUUAUGUGUUAAAUUUAAUAGUAUUUAUUUAUUAUUUUGAAAAAUGCUUUUUUAGUGUAUUCAAUAAGUAUGUUUACUGAUUCCAUUGUAACUUAUACUUCAAUCCCGAAAAUGAGAAUCUAUAACUUAACCUAAUUGAUUGGAAUCGAUAAUCGAUAAGAAUCGAUGAUCGCAACAAGACUCGAUAAUCGGUAUCGAAUCGAAAAUUUUGAAAAUUUCCCAUCCCUAAUAAAUUAUCAUUGUGUCAGUUUUAUAAAAUGCUUAAAGAAUUUCAAUUUUCCAGUAUGAUCAAUCUUUAUGCAUUAUACAUUGAAACAUUUUAUCCCCCUAAUACAAAAUCACGAAUCGAAAUAGGUAUUGACGAGCAGAUUACGUUACAAGAUGAUGCAGAUGUAAUUACCGUUUCACGUUAAAGUCCGUAUUUUUAAUAGAACACCAGGCAAACAAAAAUAAAUAAAAAUUGAAAUUGUUUGGCGUGGGGGCCAAUGUAGUUGCUACUGAUUUUAGGGAACAUUCUCCGCUUAAGAAACAACACCGCCCAACUGACAUUUUGUUUUUGAAAUUUAGUUUUUUUCGUUUUGCCACGAAAACUUAAAUGUUUAGGGUCUUCUAUCAAAGUGAAUUCACCGAAAAUCCAACAGAGUGCGGUAAUAUGGUCUUUUUUUUUUUCUGUCGCAGCUACAAUUCAGUCUGAGCAUGGCACAUACAGUAACCGAGUGGCGUAGUUUCGUAAGCGACGAUGCUUGAGGGUUUUGCCCGGCCCCGGUUGUUUCGUUUCAGAUUAUUUUGGUUAUUUCGCAUUAAUAUGUACAGUAAGGAAACGUUUUCACACAUUUCAGUUAUUCCUUCGAUUCAUUUAAGUUACAAUUCAAGUAUUUAAUCAUUGAAAUUCAAUUCUAUUGAAGUACUUUUUUAUUUCAUGACCAAUUGGUUCCUUUUGAUGCUUUUUCGUGUAAUUUUUACUUCAUAUUAUUUGUUUAAUUACAUUUGGGUACAAAUCAGGGGUGCAACAACAGCGGGGGGGGGGAAGGGUAUUUCCCCCCCCCCCUUCUGAAACCUUGAAGUGGGGGCAAACGGGGGCAAAGGAAAGUGCUGUGUAAUCAAUUUUUUAGAUGAUAAAACUGCUCAAAUAGCACCAUUUUCCACCUUGAAAUACAAAUUUUCCCGUAGUGGGGGGGGGGGGGG